GACGCGUAGCGCGGCAUCUCUCCCCUCUCCUCUUCUCUCGUUGACGUUUGGCUGUUAUAAUUGCUACGGUACAACACUACUACGUAUAUGCCACGAUGCCGCCCUGAACUAAGGAGCCUUGCCGUUGUCCUUCCCCACCACUCUAUAAGUUAGCGUAUGCUCGUUCUACGACAGGCCAAUUCGACUCGAUUUAAUCCUCCUCCUUCGUACCAUGUUAAUCGCCGGCAACCCCAUCGGUUAUGGAUAGGAUAGGAUAGGCCCACAGCCGUGCUGUCCGCUCUGCUUAGAUCAUGGCUCCCGUUCAGAAUACCUUCUCCAUCAUACCCAAUCCACCAUCUGCCAUCGACGGCUGCCGAGACGAUGCCCUCGAGUCCCAGCCCUCUCACCGGCCUAUGACCACGAAGCAGGUUAAGAAAGCCUAUCGAAAAGCGAACACGGGCCCAAAGCUGUCCAAGGCCGAGAAGCGACGCAUAGAGCUUUUCGAGCAGGAUCGUAUCCGGAAGGAGUUUGAGAAGGAGAAGAACCAGGCGCGUGCAAGGGCUGCGCGUGAUAGGAAGAAGGAAAAAGAGCAGCAAGAACGCGCAGAGAAGAAGAAGAAGGGCUUGCCUCUUGUCGAUGUCCACCCGUCGCAGGAUACCAUUGCCCGGUUCGUCCGGGGCAAUGCGAAGAGGCAGGGUAGCCGGGAAACAAGUCUUCCUGCUGCCGCUACGGUGGACGACACCAGCAGUGGUGCCUCAGCAACUGAAGACGAAGAGGAAUCCCAACCCCCCCAUAAAAAGAAAAAGGUAGAGCUUCCGGCACGGGAGGAGAAUAAGGAUGAGGACGAAGAUAGUCGGUCAACGCCGCCAGCAACCCGAGGAUAUCUUAACCCCCGGGCUGUCUCUCCCAAGAUAAUAGCUGCGCCCACCGAAAGACGUCCAACGCCAAAGAAGCCAGAUCCUAAGGGGGGCGACCUUGCAUUGCUGGAGAAAUGUAUUCACGAGGAAUUGUUCGGAGAGUUGUUGGAUACCGUGGAAACUACGCUCGAAUCAAAAGAAUCCGUUCAGGACAGCAAGACUACUCUAUCGAAGGAUGAAUACGUGAAUCGCUCGUCGCUACCAGUGUUGCGUGGAAGCCCUGACCUCUCGUCCGUCGUGGCCGAAAUAUCGACGGAAGAGGAAAAGCCGAGGAGCGGCACAUUACCGUCUUCUCAACGACCACCCCCUAACACUUUUGCUACGAACCAAACCGAUCCGGGAGGCAGCAAGGGGUCCGAGGCACCGACCCUCAACCACGCUGUAUCAACGGCCUCUGCGCAAGAUAUCAUCGAAGACCCAAUAGCAAAGGCUCCCCGGAUGACCCAGCCACUUGUCUCAACAGCACCACCUUUCAAGUCUCCCAAAACUCCUAUGGGGCCGCCGCCAGUCCCAAAAUUCAAAUCCCGCACUCGCGGCACAGUUGGAGAGUCGAGACCGCCACAUUUCCUGCUGAAGCAGACCCAGGCACCCGUCUCUCCCUGCAUCGCUGAUCCCAACCCCAGGACCGGCCAAGCCCCUCAUCAUCAUUGCCACGCGCCCACACGGACAACACAGGAAGAAGAGAACCCACCGACAAGCACACAGCUAUUCGUGUUUAAUCACCUUGACGACUUCUUCCCGACCCCUUCUCAGGAAGCAAGGGAGCUUUUCGGGGAGCCGAAGCCUAGUAACCCCGAGGCGACCGGCGGGCCGCCGGGGUUCCGGACCCCUCGUCCGGCUCGCUCGCCGCUGCGUAAGAAUACCUCUCCAAGUUCGGUUCUAGCUAAAUCAGGCUCCAAUCGUCGAAUUACUGCGUUAAAAAAGGCGGAAAGAAAGUGUGGCCUUGUUCAAAGGGCUAAUCCACCAAAUCGGCCAAGCAACCGCGAUUUGCCUUCAAUUGUAAAUAAUCCGACCCCGGAAAAUUCGGUGCCAUUUGACAUGCCAUUUUUCUCAACGCAAGACUUCGUCCUCUCGUCACAGGAUGUUAGAGACCUUGAAGAUGAGACCCGGUCCUCAUCCUCGUCGUUGAUGAAGGAAGAGAAACCCGGCCAUCGACUCACCGGCGCAUCUAAGAAACGCGACCCAUCGUUGCAUAAGGCCGUUAAGAGCGUGCUAAAUGCAAAAUUAACGCCACCGUCGUCCUCGCUCAACGCAUCUAAGAACCGCGAUCCAUCGUUGCCCAAGGCUGUUAAGAGCGUGUUGAGGGUAAAAUUAACACCAUCACCAUCCUCGCUCAACCCACCGAGAAUCAAUAAGUCACAAUUGAAUCCUACGGCGAGAUUAGUUGGUAAGCAUGGUCGAACAGACCCCCCUUCGCGGGUGCCGGAUGAACCCGUCCGGCCGGCUAAACCCCUUACCUUGCCACCCAUGAACAAGGUCUCGCUCUCGGCGACGAUACGGAAGAACGAUUCUACAUGCAAUAGACCUGGGAUGAGUGCCGAAUCAAUUGAAGCACCCAAAUCUACCACAUUAGAUUCCAUGCCUCGCCGGAAGCGCGAUUCUCGCAAGGUACAGGCGAAAAACUGCGCAGCGCCCUUGCAGGUGCCGCCUGAGCCAUCGCUCGUCUCGAGCGGUCGCAAGGUGCAGUAUAGAGACACAUCCGCCGAGACUAAUCCGACGACGGCGCGGGAGGGUGUCUGCGUUCGGCAAUCGGCCCAAGGGGUGCCGGAGCGCUUCGAUACUUCGGAUGACGGUCUGGACAGACUACUACUAGAGAGCGUAGCAGAUUGCGAUGAUAUCCCAACCGCAAAGUCUAGUGCGUCUACCCCACGUUCGACGGGACGAGGUGGUUCAGCCCCCCGACCACAGAGCCAUAGUCAGGCCAAAGGCCACCCCCGGCCCCGGCCGUUGAACCAGCUGCCGGGCUCGGUCACAAAGGCCGCCCCGAACCAUACGACCAACGACCCCUCCAAUAAAGAGGCCGGACGACGCGGCCGGCUACGUAGCUCAUACGAGCAGCUGAUGCAAUUGCUGGAAAAUAAGGAGAAUAAAGAGAAUAAUAAGGCGACGGGGCCGAACAAGGGGAAUAAGGAAUGGGAACAGGGCAGGAAACGGGAGCAGAGAGUUCCGGCAUCGCAAGAAACCGAUUACGGAGAUGCUGGGCUGGACGACAUCCUAUGGGAAAUAUUUUAGCGUUGUACUCCCACAGUGAAGGUCGCUUUUCAGGAUGGCAUUCUCACCAUAGAUAUCAUUCCGCUGGGCGUUGGUGGUUUACGUGUUGGGUUGGGCUCCUUGCAGCAGGGAUACCUACGAGCUUAUAGCGGCGAAUAGUUGCAACGAUGACCUAUGCAUAUGCACAUGUUAUAUCGGCGAGGGACCGCGCCGGCUGUGCGUGGCAUGGGGGGUCUUCAUAGUGAACUACAAGAUCCCGAGGAGAAUUUUGGUAGGAGUAGUCUAUAUUAGACGACCUCGAGGAGGUACGCUUAUGCGCGCAUACGACUCAUGUAACCUACUGGAUGGUGAAAUAUAUAUCUGUACCAACGAAGAAA